AAGCAUAUGCUUCUCACAUUAGUGUUAGUCAAAUGUCAGGCCCAUCCCACUCAACGACAAUCAGUGUCCUCUCUCUUACUUGGGCUAUUGAAAUGGCAAUGACAGAGUGGGAGCCUUAUUAUUUUAGGGCUAGAAAGAAUAAAGGAAACCUCAGAGAAUUAUGUAUAUACAUCUCGGGCACAAAGGGAAGGGCAGAACGAAGCCGCCCAAAAUCUGUAAGAGGACGCGCACAGCUUCUGUUUUCCCUCUUUCCUCCAGUGUUGCUUCUCAAAAAUUCUGUGGAGGAGGACGACCCAAACCCAGACGCAGACGCAGUAGCUUCUGUUUCAUUUCUCUUCCCCGACAGCCUUGUUUAGGAAAUCACCAGAGCAGCACACCAUUGAGGACGCAGUGCAGUUCGGCUUGCUCUUCAUUGGGACUGGUUCUAUUUAUUUUUUUUAUUUCGAUUUUUAUCAUGAUUUUCUGCUGGGUUUUCCGAAUUAUGGCUGUCCAGAACUCCAUUAUGUGUAGCUAGAUUUCUUUGAAGUAGGGAUGGGUGGAUUUUAAUUUUUGGAUUAUGUGACUGUUUUUUUUUAGUUUAAUUUACGAAUUGAUUGAUUGG